AUGGAUUCGAGUCCCAGGAAGAAAGUGAGGAUCGAUGAUAAGGUAACAGAGAUCAAAUCAAAGAAUUAUCAGCAAAUUCUCCGAGAAGAACCACUAAUACCUUCAGAGAUUGUUGAUGAAGCUUUCCAGAGAAUUUUCAUAAUAUCUUUAUUCAUCCUUCUUCAAUCAUGGAAAAUAUAUGAUCUCAUUGGUUUGAAUGUUGGAUCUGAAGUAGCGGUGGGUAAAUUCUCCUUUGUGUUUAAGUAUGCCAUGGUAGAAGGGAUUUUUUUCUGGUUUUUGCCCAUACUAAACGUUUCAUAUUUAAUGUUUUCACCUAUCAUGACUUUAUUAAUCACCAUAAUAUUCAAUAUCAUAAAUAUUUUAAUAGUUAACAAGUUGAAUGUUUCAUUGGUAGUCACAGUGGUAGCACCAUUGGUGCAAAAUUUGCAAAAUCAAAAGGAAUUGACUUUAAGCGGUGAGAAGAUCAAUCCUAACAUUGAUAUCGAUUCCCAUUUUAGUGGUAAAUACACCAUUCAUUAUUUACCUGAUUCAUUGGCCAAAUUCAAUGUUUUUGGCUUGGAAAAUGUUUGUCAAGGUUUAGAUAAAGAACCAUUCCAAAUUCCCAUUCAAUUUAAUACCACCACCGAUGUAGCAUUUUUGGAAAUUGAACAUACUUCUCCAUUAAGUACGGUUUCCUAUCAUCAAUAUGGAGAAUCUCAAAUCAAUAAGUUGAUGAAACGUGAUUACAGUCAUCUUAAAUCUAAUAAAAACUUUGUUAAAGAUGAUGAUAGGGUCUUCUAUAUUGAAAUUCCUGUCAAAGAACCAGGUAGUUAUAAAAUCAAGAAAAUACGAGAUAGAAGGGGUUCAAGUAUGAGAUUCGUACAGAAUGAGUUUUCCUUUGCAACUUGUCCUCAAGGACAAUUCUCCGUCCCUAAGUCGGUAUCGAAUAACUUCAAUAACAAGAUUUGUGUGGGUAAAGUGGCUGAUGAUACUACAAUGAAAUUACCAUUAUUAAUGCUUGAAGGUUCUCCUCCCAUGACUGCCAAAAUAUUAGCAUCUUUCAAAGGUAAGAAAGUCAAAGUCAUAGAAUCAACUAUUAAUGAAGAUGACUCAACUUUGAAUGUCACCAAUUAUUUUUCCCACAAAUUAACCAGAAACCUUUUGGAACAAGAAGUUAUCAAAGAUCCUUCAAUUCUUAAAGUUUCAGAAUCAGGGAGCUUGGAAUUUCAACUCCUUGAGGUUAAAGAUUCCUUGGGCAACGUCAAGAAGUAUAAUCCUCAAGCUGAUACUCCAGAUUUGAGAUACGCUCUUGAUUUAUUAACCAAACCUUCAUUAAGGUUGAUUGAUAUGGAAAGUAGUAGACCCUUAUUAGUCAAUGGUACAAAAGGUUUAAGCUUUGCUGCAAGUAAGAAUAUUGUUGAACAGUUCCCUAUCACAGCUAGAUUUAAUUUCGAAGAUCCUAUAGAUUCUUUGAGAUCUUACAAUUUUACCCAUGUUUUUAAAGAUUUGAAUGAUUUAAGGUCAGGUGUCCAGGUAGCCAAUCCAGGUCAUUAUAAGCUUUUAUCGGUAUUGGGAAAUUAUUGUGAUUGUGAAGUUCAAGAUUCUAUCAUAACUUUUGAAACCGUCAAUCCACCAACCUUGUCAGUUGAUGCUAAACCUGUCAUGGAUAAAUGUGUAGGUAUGACGGGAUAUAAUUUUAAAUUCGAAGCUGAAGGUAAACCACCAUUUGCAGUAGAAUAUUCAGUUUAUCUGAAUCAUAGUGGCUCAUUGAGGCCAUUGAUAGGUCCACAAGGAAGAUCUAUCCAAGUGUUAAGAAGUGAUAAACCUCAAUUUGAGUUUGAUUAUAAACCUCCAGGUGAAGGUAGUUUUGUCAUAAUUUUCAAAACUAUCCGUGACGCCUUUUAUAAGUCACCUAUAUUGUUAGAUGAAUCACAACACACAUAUCUGACAUACUUCAAGCAAAGAUCUCGAGUAUCAUUCUUUGAUAAACAAGGAUCAAUCAGGAAAGUUUUACGUUCUUGUCAAGGUGAGAGCAAUUCCGUUCCCGUACAUUUCAAUGGACAUUUCCCAUUUAAAUUUGACUAUUCCAUUGUGGAUUCAACAGGUAAAGCUAUCAUCUCUAAAGUGGGACAAGCUGCUCAAGAUAAAUUGUUUGAAAUCAAUACUGAAGGUAUCAGUGGAGGUACUUAUGACGUGGUUAUUUCAAAUGUAGCUGAUGGUAUUGGAUGUUCAGUUGAUUAUAAUGUUGCUGAAAAAGUACAAAUCAUUACCAGAUCUGACACUCCAGAGAUUUCAUUUGAUACUUCUUCUGAUAUCGUAAAACAUAAAAUCGUUGAAGGCGAUCAUAUUGACAUACCUUUGAAAGUUAUUUCUUCAGUGGGUAGAACUCAAAGUGAUAAAAUUGAAUAUGAAGUCACAGAAAAUGGCCAUACCAGUAGAGGUGUUAUCAACGGUAUGAAUUCCUUACGUAUCAGAACACCAGGUGUUUAUAAAUUAUCCACCUUUGUUAAUGGUGGUUGUAGAGGGAAAAUUUCUUCUGAAAAAGCUAUUCAUGUCUCAUUCUACGAUAGACCUUCGUUGUCCGUCAACGUAUCACCUGAUUUAAUAGAUCCAAGUAGUGUUACAGGAAACAUUAUUUUAAAAUCUGGAUGUCAAGGUUGUAAAAGAGACAUUUCCUUGGAUUUGAAAGGUAAAGGGCCAUUUGUCAUUGAUUAUGAAAUCAAAUUCCCCAGUGGUAAAUCAGAUCUUCGAACCAUGACAGUUGCAGGAAACACUUUAGAUAUUAAAUUAUCAACAUCACAAGGUGGAAUUUAUCAACAUGUAUUCAAAGGAAUCUAUGAUCAAUUGUAUACCAAAGAGAGAGGUAGAUCAAGAGUUACCUUACCUUCAGUUUCCUAUUCUGUUCAUGAAUCUCCAUUGGUGGAAUUCUCCAAAGCAUCGACUGUUCUUCUAUGUGAAGCAUCUUUAGGGGGUCGUGUGACAGAACUUAGUAAAUUACCUAUUGCCUUACGUGGACAACCUCCUUUCAAAAUUGAUUUAUCCAUCUCAGGAGAAAAAAUGAAACCCAGAUCAUUUUCCCUUGAAGAUAUUUCCCUGCCCACUUUAGACUUGAACAAUGUUUUAGACUCCAAGGGAGAAUAUAUUUGGAAGAAUUUGAAACAAGGGGAAUAUGUGGUUAAAAUCGAUAAGGUUCAAGAUGUCAAUGAAUGUGUUGGUAAAGAAUUCAGUCAUUUUAACCAAUUGGUCAUCUCGGUUACUCCUGCUCCUGAUAUCUCACCUCUCCAAUCUAAAAAACAUUUUUGUGUCGGAGAUCAUGUUGGUUAUGAUUUGGUGGGAGCUGCUCCUUUCAACUUGCAUUAUACUUUCAAUAAUAAUACUUAUAACUCCCAAACUGAGCCUGAAUUCAGGAGAUUGGCUGCCAAACCAGGGGUCAUUCAAGUUACAGGUAUAGAGGAUUCUUCUGCUGGGCGUUGUUUGAUAGAUAUCGAUGCCAAUAGUCAAAGGGCCCGUGAUUUGGAAUUGACAAUCCAUGACUUACCUUCAGUAGAAAUUAACCAAGGUGACAGUGUCAUUCAAGAUAUUCAUGAAGGAGAUUUAACCGAAAUGAAAUUUACAUUUACUGGUACUCCUCCUUUCACUGUGACCUAUGUUAGAACCUUGGACCCUUCAUCAACAGCUAAGAGAUCAAAGAAUUCAAAGUAUCAAAAGAGUCGGGAAAAAAUCACUGAAACUACCACCAUCAAGGAUAUUUGGGAAUAUGAUUACUCAGUUAAUGUAGGAUUAGAAGGUACCUACGAAGCCAUUGAAAUUAGAGAUGCUUAUUGUGUAGCAAAGAAAGAUUUCAAUUAA